UUGGAAUGCUGGCACAUUAUGUAGUUCUUUCCAGAAAUGGAUCUACGGGGAGCAAUUCUUAGUCGGAGUGUAUCAGUCUUGUAUCGUGUUCUGCUUGUAGACCAGGGGCCUGGGCUGUUGUCAUGCAUGCAACGCAUGGAACUGCGUUAGGAGCUGCAUCCGCGCCUUGAUCUUGAGCAUGCUGACGUUCCUGCCUCAGCGAGAACUCAGUCUGACUAGACCUCACGCGAGCAGAGAAGCCGUUUUAAUACUUCAUUACGUGCACUGUGUGUGAUACUCAUUCAGCAGGGCGAACCGUGCGCUUGUCAACACUUUACUAUUGGUCUCCAAACGCCCGCCGCACCAUCCCGACGCAAAUAACCAAAUCCGACUCGUGGGAUGAAGCUGCCAAGAUGCUUUCUCCGCCUCCAGUCAAGCUAUUGGCUGAUGCUAGCGGUGACUACAUUGCUUGUGACACUCUUGCUCAGCCCAGGAGUCGUGCAAAGGCCCCGGGAGCACAGCACAGCAACAGCAUCACCGCGCAACCCUAGCCCACAGGCACUGCAGAGGACAUCAAUUUCUCUCGGGUCAGUGGAACACCAUAGCAAAGAGGCUCUUCAAGAUCUGCCAGUAACUGCCCACGCCAGUAAGUAUCCCCUGCCAAAGUCCCAAAAACCGAGCAAUGGAGAGGCUAUCCAGGCAAACGGCAGAUCCGACCUGGCUGUGGAUGCUGGCGAGCGGUGGUACAGGUACGGAAAGCCCUUCCAUGCAACAUCCCUUGCAGAUGUAUCGUUUGUGUUCAAGGCAGCUGACGUGAAGGGCACAGCGCUACUUCUGUACGCACAGCUUCUCCGAGGUAUCUUUCAUUCUGUUCACGAGCAGUACGUCACAGUUGUUCUAAAUGCUUCGGUAGUUACCGUGGCAUUGAAACUUAACCUUGCCGCGAAUGAACGGGGAGAUAAGGUCCAAAUGGCUAGCACUGAUCAAAGGAUAGAGGCGAAUGUCUGGUAUUCAUUGUGUAUAGUGACGGCACCAGUGCUGCGGGUCUAUAUGCAAAGUGUAACAAAAAAGAAUGUUCAUCUAACUGAUGCUCAAUUGACCAAAUGUGGGCAAAGCGAGAGCUCUGCUGAAAAGCCGUCCAAGCCUGUUUUAGUAGAUUCUGGAUUGUACUUUGGCGGUGUCAUUGACUGGCAGGCCUGCCCUGGGCUUACUACGCUACGCAAUCUGCAAACAUUUCGCGGGAAGAUCUUGAGAAAGGUCUAUGUGAAUAUGCAGGCAAUCGACCUAGUGACCUGCACCACCGGGCAUACAGCGGAGACUUGGAGAGAGCACAUGUCCAAAAUUGAUAUCAAAUCUCCGAUUUCGAUUCCGUCUACCCGUACACUGAACACACUAGAGGACUUGUCAGUCCGCCACUUUCCCGUUCUAUCAGCAAUAAGCAGCAACCACGCUGUGGAGAUUGAGGACAUGAUAGCAUCUGUAGCCCAACACAUGCCCAGGAGAGGCGUGAUAAUUUACCGUCUGGGUCUGUCCAAGGCGACCAUUAAGUCUCUUUCGGCAUAUUGCAACGUGACUGUCCGUCAUUUCAGGCAGGACAUCUUCAAAGAUCUUGCAGAAAACCUCCGUAACUUCCAGUGGAAGCCGUUGCUGGUUUACGGAGCGUUCCUGGAGUUCGAUGGUGUUAUCUGGGCUGAUGCGUCAGUACGUUUUAAGCAUCCAAUACGGACUAUCCCACUUGUUCAGCAUGGCGUUGGCUUUGUGGGCUUUGAACAAGAAGGUGCGUCACCCAUAGGUGCCUUCACGCACGACGGCAUGUUGAAGGCGUUGGGAGUAGAGCGUUCUGCAGUUGUUACAGCAGCUAUAGCGGUAGGAACGGUAAGUAUAUGGAUGUGGCAGGGCCCUGUAUCACAAACACUGGUACAGCACUGGACGGCCUGCUCAAUGCGUAAAGUAUGCAUUGCUCCAAGAGGUGCAGUUAUCGAUUACCGGAAGUGUAGACUUCGCGAGCGUAAGUCGGGCAAAUACAUUGGAUGCCAUCGCUAUGACCAAAGUGCGCUGAGUGUGCUUGCUGGGAAACUCUUUCAGUAUCUGAACGAAUCGCAGUACAUUGUCAAUGCUGACCCUCAUGUGUGGAUAGACCGUGGCCCAACGCGCCGCUUCCACCGUUGCAAACAGCCAUAGAAUAUUUUGAAAGCAGAGAGGUUUUUUUAAAUGUAAUCGCUCGUGGCAUUCUUGAUCAUUUCAUCACAUUUCGCCGGUAUUUGCGGUUUAUGUGAAGAAGAGGUUGGUGCGACUUCGGCGACACUAGGGGAAUUCUAAGGUGUUGCUCCCUACAUGGGAGCCCGCGCUAUUCCUACCGACUUGAAGUUUUACGUGACUGACUCACGACUCGACGGCCACCCACAGCACACGAGAAGUCUGUCAAGUGAAAAUUCAAGUCGGCAGGAAUAGCACGAGCUCCCAUGUAGGGAGCAAAACCGUACAAAUUGCUAUACAUGUAUAAUUAUGUGUAGUAUGUGGCAGUAUUUCUAAUGCUCUUCACUUGAGCAGUUCCUUUUUCUUCCUUUUACGUGACAGAACCAAACGAUCAGGUUUUUCCCAAUAUUACAUUACCGGCGGAUAUAGCCGGUAUGCUUAGAAUGCUUCAUGCAGUGGAGGCGUAAAGUGUUGCACAUGACAGUAGUGGAACGAGAAUAGGUUCUUGCAACUCUGGGUUUUUCUGCCCAGUAGAUACAAUCAACAGACAAUUCUUAGGUUGCUGUUGACAACCCUUAAGUUGCUGUUGGCCACGACAGUAUUAUUGUACGUGUAUGCAAGGAAAAAGGAGACCGGGUGCCGAAGUUUGUGCUCCGUUAUUGCACUUCCUGGC